CGCGGCAGGCGCAGAUCCAACGGCUGACUCUGUUCCCUGGAUCCGCUCAUCACCGCUGCCUCACGUCGCUGUCUCUCGGAUCUGCUGGAGGAGAAAUGGCUGCAGCUCUGUCCCGUGCCCUCAAAUUACCCGGGAAGAAGGGCUCGGACCUCGGCGAGUACGACCCUCUCACCCAGGCGGACAGCGAGGACGAGAGCGAAGAGGACGACCUCGUGCUCAACUACCCCCGGAAUGGCCUCGCCGGCAGCCUCGGCGCCGGCUCCUCGAAGCUGCGAGGCAGCCGCUCCGGAAGACUCGUGGGGGACGAGGACGAGGCGCAAGAGGACGAGGACGACGAGGACGAGUGGAGGGAACGUCUCCCCGCUAAGUCCCGGGCGGACAGGGACGACGUGACGGGCGCGCAGUACCGGAGCCACAGGGACUCGGACCGGGGCGGCGAGGGCCGAGCGGGGCCCGGCGCCUCGGGGGGCUCCGGGGUGGGGGCGCACGGCGCCGACGCGGAGCAGAAGAGGCGGAGGGCGAGGAACGCCGUGCGCAGUGCCUUCUUCCUGGUGCCGCUGGUGUGCGCCGCGCUGCUGGUGCUGCUGUGCGCGUUUCUCCUGCCCUGCCAGAAGAGAGAGCUGGAGAAGCGGCCGCAGUGGGAGAGCGCGCUGGGGGAAGCCGGAGGCGUCACACCGCCCGCGCUGUCGCUGUGGGACGUUGACGGCGACUCGGUUGAGGACGUGUUCCUGGGGGUCACCGAAUGGACCAACGACACCCGUCCCGCGCUCGGGAACAAAGUCUACAGCGCGGUGGCCCUGUCCGGGGUCAGCGGGCAGGUGCUGUGGAGGAAAGUCAUGCGGGAGUCGGUGAUGUACAUCCAGUGUGGUCUGCAGUACAGCGGCCAGCCGUCCCCCGUGGUCCUCCUCAUUGGGAAGUCCGUCCUCAUGGCGGUCAACGGCACCACAGGGAAGACCUUGUGGUUGGUCCAGCUGAAGAACAUUGAAUCCCAGGCGGUGUUACUUCCAGACCUCCAGGGCGACCUGGUGCCAGAUCUGCUGGUUGCCACCCUGCCCGCAGACGAGACGUUGGACCUCUCCCUGACGCUGCUCUCGGGGCGGACGGGGGCGAAGCUCGGACACCCCGUGCCCUUUAACCUCACCGGCCAAGGAAAGCUGAUUGGUCCUCUGCUGCAUGAGACGCAACAAGGGGCUUACUACAUCCUCUUUGGACUGGGUAAUGUAGAGGCCAUCUCCCUACGGGACGUCUACAUUCGAGCCACUAUGGGAAAGAUGCCCAUAACGCAGGCCCUGAGAGGGAAGGAUACAGGAUGGGAGGGACUCAAGAAAACCAAUUCCUCCUCCUUCAUACACAUUUACAGGGGAUCUGAGCGCGUGGAGUUCCUGCUCCCUCUCCUGCCCGGCCUCGGAGACAACCACAACAGCCUGGACCCAGCGUGGAACCUGAACUCCUCCAAGAGCGACUGGGUGCUGGUGUACGGCUCCAGCAAGCUGUCAGUGCUCCGGCAGAAGGACAUACGCAAAGAAUGGACUUUCAACUCGGGCCCCAUUCACAGCCAACCGGCCCCGGGACACUUCAACGACGACGGAAUCCUCGAUCUGUUCAUUCAGCAUUCAGCGAACGGCAUCAUGAAGGCGCUGGUUGUCGAUGGAGCAAACGGGCAUCUUCUGUGGUCGGCGGAAUUUGUGUGUCCCCGCCUCGUUCUGGAAACGUCCGCCAUCGCCACCUCCACCGGCCAAUCGGCUUUCCUCUUCUGGGCCGGCGAUCCAAUCAAAGCACCAAAGAACGUCACCACGGCGACGGUGUCCCCGGGUGUCGCCGCAGCCGAGCCGCUCAUCCGAAAACUAUUCCUGUUGCACCCGGCGCACGCCACCGUCCUGCUGGAGCUCACCAGCACCACGGACACGGCGGUCACCUCCGCAGUGAGCUAUCAGGAGCGGACGAAAGACGCUUCCUACAUCACAGUGUCCUCGCGACCCACGGCCGACUCGGAGCCCGGCGCCCGGGUGAUCAAGAGCACGAGCCUCCGAGCCGCCGUCAUCAAAGGGCAAAUAGUCCGACUGGAGGAGAGCGGGAAGUCGGGGGGGGUCGUCAAACCUGGCGCGUUUGAGGUCAACAAGUUCUUCAGGGGUUUGUCCUUUAAGCACCAGGUGAGAGAGACGCACUCAAGCGCGACGUCGUUUUGAGAGCCGCGGAUUCAUCGCCGAGUCCGUUCGACGAUAAAUCCGUCCCGUGUUGCGUUGUUCAGUGAGGGACCACGACAGACGCUGCCUCGCCAUUGAAGACUCCCAUGAGGAUUUAAGGAGGAGAAGGAAGGGGGGGUGCGCCGCCCCCGACACUGUGGAGACACACUGCAUUCAUCCGGAGCUGUACAUACAUCUCGUUUGGUUCACCAAGUGUGAAUUUGUUUUCUUUUACUUGAGAUUUCUCUGUAUAAAGAUUAUUUAUAGCCCGGUUGUGUUUUUAUUGCUUCUUUAACGUCUUUAACUUGCAGUGUUUCCCCUGCCUUUCAAUUAGGGGGGCGUCAUGCCCCCCCAAGAAAGUCUCUUUUUAAUGUUUACAAUUAUCCACUGACCUCUGCGCAUGGCGAAGUCUUUAAUAUUUGAUUGAAUGUUAAUGAUUUUUUUGACUUGAUACCAAGAAGAUUAACUCAACUACUUUAGUUCAUUACCGACAGGGAAGCACAACAAUCUGUAUAUGUGUUUAAAGUCUGCAGCACUAAUAACUCUUCCAAGGCCAGUAUGUUCAUUUGGCUUCCUUUUGUUGUCAUUAAGCCACUAAUGGUGUUCUUUCUGCUCUGUAAAUAUUUGAUGCGGUACAGUGUUGAUUUAAUUUCUUCAACGUUUGCAAACUCAUUGAAUUUGUUGAUUUAUGUUGUGAAAUAACUUAUUAUAUAAUCAAUUUUUUUUCUCUCAAAAUAUGUGGCUGCUAAAGGGUAUGGCAUUAAAUGUAAGCUGCGACUUCACAUACCGCCAGUGAAAGUAUGAAAAUGAAUUCUUACAGUAACGUGUA